GUGUGCGUGUGUGUGCGUGUGCAUGUGCAUGUGUGCGCGCGCAUGCACGUGUGCAUGCAUGCGUGCACACUUGCCUAAUUGUGGUUGCAGGAGUCGAGUCAUAGCUCCUGGCCCUGCCUCUUCACUGGUUGCUAUUAGGUCACCCUUCCUGCCCCAUGAGCUUUAUCAUACCUCUUCUUAAAGCUAUGUAUGGAUCCUGCCUCCAUUACAUCACUUCCCAGACUAUUCCACUUCCUGACAACUCUGUGACUGAAGAAAUACUUCCAAACAUCCCUGUGAUUUAUCUGGAGUCUUCAACUUCCAAAUGUGACCCCAUUGUUGCUAUGUCCCAUGUUGCUAUGUUUCUAUCCACCCUGUCCUCCAGUGUCACCAGGUCAAUUUCCCUUAAGCUGUCCUUGUAGGACACUCCCCUUAGCUCCAGGACUAGUCUUGCUGCAAACCUUUGCACUUUCUCUAAUUUCUUUGUGCUUGGCUAGGUGUGGGUUCCAAACUGGUGAUGCAUACUCCAAUAUGGGCCUAACAUACACAGUGUACAGGGUCCUGAAUGAUUCCUCAUUGAGAUAUCGGAAUGCAAUUCUUAGAUUUGCUAGGCGCCCGUAUGCUGCAGCAGUUAUUUGGUUGAUGUGUGCCUCAGAUGUGCCCGGUGUUAUACUUGCCCCAAGAUCCUUUUCUUUGAAUGAGGUUUAUAGUCUCUGGCCCCCUAGACUGUACUCUGUCUGCAGUCUUCUUUGCCCUUUCCCAAUCUUCAUGACUUUGCACAUGGUGGGGUUGAACUCCAGGAGCCAGUUUCUGGACCAGGCCUACAGCCUGCCCAGUCCCUUUGUAGUUCUUUCUGUUCAUUGUCCGACUGAAUUCUUAUCAUCAACUUCUCAUUAUCUGCGAACAGGGACACUUCUGAGUCUGUUCCUUCUGUCAUGUCAUUCACAUAUACCAGAAACAGCACCAGUCCUAGAACUGACCCCUGUGGAACCCCGCUCGUCACAGGCGCCCACUCUGACACCUCAUCAUGUACCUUGACUAGCUGUUGUCUUCCCGACAGGUAUUCCCUGAUCCAUUGCAGUGCCUUCCCUGUUAUCUCUGCCUGGUCCUUUAGCUUUUGCAUUAAUCUCUUGUGUGGAACUGUCAAACACCUUACAGUCCAAGAAAAUGCAAUCUACUCACCCCUCUCUCUCUUGUCUUUCUGCUGUCACCCUGUCCUGUGUGAUGUUGUUGCUGAGAAUACCCACCAGGUACUUGGUAGAAGCAGUAUUCAUGUUUUCACCCUAAAUACAAGACAUCCUCUAUCAAAAACCUCGUUACAAAUUAGUUCCACACCUCUAAUUUACACAGCAGGCAUCUACACCAUCCCCUGUGGCUGCUGUCUCAAGAAAUAUGUACAGGGGAAAAGGCAGAAAUCUUUUGGUGCACCACAUGCCUGCAACAAGGAUGACUUAAAGAAUGCCUAUGUCCUUCACAGGAACUCCACAGUCACUGAACAUGGUCUUAGACACCAAUGAUGUCUAGAAUCCUUACUAACUGCCAUCAUCAACAAUGUGAAACAUAAUACUAGAAGCUACAAAAUUUAAAAAAACACUGUUAUACAUGAUACUCAACCAGGCAAAGCCCAACCUACCUCACAGCACUGAACCUCAUCUCAAAUAAGCUUUGCUUGCAUUUUUCAGGUCACUGUGACAUUCACACCCCACUUCCUGCCUAUAUACUAUACUGUUAUUUAGUUAGAAGUGAUCAUGGUCCCUGGACUGGAACAUUUUCUGAUGUGUCCUAGUGUUUUCUUGUGCAUUUUUAAACCACACAUUGCAGAUGCUGCUUUUAUUGAACAGUGUUUUACCCAGUGUUGACAUUUAUAAUGCUCACUUCUGAGCAAAAAAAUAGUAAAUAAAAGUGCGUUCUACACUUUGUCCAUACUCAUGCAUCCUUCCCUUGUGAUGGUGAAGCACUUGACCCGAAAGUCAUCUUACACCACAAACUAGAUUGAAGAGCUUUGAUGUUUUGGCAAGCAUCUUAAUAAUGCUGGUAGGGUCUCAACAAUGCCAUUGACUGCCAACCCUUAAUCACAGUAUCAUUGUAUUAAUGAUAAUCAUUACUGACAAUACAUAAGACAUGCAACAGCUUAGUCUCUGUAGUAUUAACAAGACAUUUUGCCUGCUUAGCAGGUUUCCUUAUUUUAAAUACAGAGGAGACCACAGAUACCAAACUUUUGCACGUUUUUGACUCCUCUAUUUUUCGAUAUUACGUACAUACCAUUAAUAUAAUAGUUUGAUACAGCAUCACCACCUUAUCUUGGUACAGAGGACAUCUUUUAUAUCUUUGCUGCUCAACUGCUAGUUAUAAGUGAGAAUACUAUUGGUUAUGAGGCCCUUCUUAGCAUGAGCCAGGCUUGCUGUAGUACUCUUCAGCUUCUGCCUGCUGUGAUACCAUUCCCACUUCCACACCUCACAUCCGGCAGUAUAAAAGGCUGCUUUCUUACCACAGCUUUGCAUUAAUCAAAGCUAUGGAACUGAACACAUACCAUGACAGAGGGACUAACCACCUCAAAUUUACUUUUUCAUGGCUGAGGGACUUAUCGCCUGCUGAGCAGGUGAAACAUCUCAUCAGUAAAGAUUCCAAACUGUUGAGCAUUUCAUAUUCAUUUCCUUUAUUAAUCAAAACUUUUAUUGGCAGAGGCUGGGCCAUAGGGGUAAUGAUUCUGGAAGUACUGUAUUAUACUUGAAGUUAAGUGUAAAGUGUGUAAUCCAGUACAAUGCGGUCAGAUCAGGUAUACCAGCCCACCACCACCACACUUACCUAUGACCGGAAUAAGGCAUGGGUGCCCUCCUUUCUAGCGCAAAGCUCUUCUGCAAGUUUGUGGUCCCGCACAUUUGUCCUCGUCAUCUCUGUCAUGUUUGCAGUCAUGGGGAUGGUGAUGAUCAUUGUUGGAGCGACAUCAUACCAGUCCUUAGAGGAAGGCUCAGUAAAAGAACUCAAUAGCACAGCCUACAUCAUCAUCCUAUGCCUAGGAGUGUUUCUGGAGUUUGCUGCUAUAAUGGCCAUCAUUUUCUAUAUGAGAAACAUGGGCUACUACAUUCCUUGUUGUCCAGGCAAGAUUGCACGCAUCAGGAAACGUCUCCAUGAAAACCAAAUGAUGGUUAAUGGACAGAUGGUCAGCACGGGUGAGCCAGUUUCAGCCCAGUACUGUCCUCCUGCUCAGCCUGGGGUUGGCAAUACUCCACCACCACCAUACACUGAUGUAUCUGAAGAACAACGGCUUAUGGAAGAAAAGAUUGAUCUCGGUGAUGACAAUGAGCGCAUCCUAGAAGAAGACCCACGCAUCGUCUUGACUCCCCUCAAGCCCCAUGAAGAAUGUUAAAAAUAUUCACCCAAGUACCUAUUUGGUAAACCCACCCUUACCACAGCUCAUUCUGGUCACUGAGUUGCUGGAUAAAGGGAAGUGGUUGCUGUGCCUGGCUUCCUUGCUCCUCUGGCCUCUACAGAUACUUUUGACACCAAGCCUGCUUGCUGAAUCAGCUUGGUAUUUUAUACACAAGACAAAUAAGGAAAAACUCGUGUGAAGUAUAACUCCCAUUCCUAAUUUCUUGCAACUUGAUAUCUGAACCAAAGGAAGUCAAGAAAUCUGCCUAGGUAAUGUAGUGGAUAUGCUACUUGUCAUUCCAUAUUAA